AUGAAUUAUCUGUCUUUUAUCUCCGAUUACAGGGAAACUUUGUUAAACAUAAUCAGGGAACCACCAGGGGAGCUCCCGAAAGCCCUCCCCGACAAUGACCUGACUGAUUCCUCUGCCCCGCUGUCUGUCCACCUCGGAUGGACCAUUUUUAUCAUGGUUUGCAAGCUCGACAAAAAAUCUGAUCUGUACAAAGACGUGGCCCUAUCGUAUCUCUUUCUCAUGAACAAAAAGUAUAAUGGCUCUGAGCUCAAAUAUAUAAUGGGGGAGGGGUGGUUUGGAAAACAAUGGAAUAAAGUUAGGCAGUACGCGGUGAAGUAUGAGACAGCCGACUGGAUGAAAGUAUUGUCGUGUGUAACAGAUGAGGAAGCUCCUCCGAAUGGAGUAGUUUUGAAAGAAAGAAUAAAGGAGUUCAAUUCAGCGAUGGAAGAAGUGAAGAGAAGGCAUGCUGGAUGGAUGGUUCCUGACGUCAGCCUGCGAGAGAUGUUAAGGGUUUCAAUUACUGAGAAAUUGAUAUCGUCCUACGGUUAA